GUUAGCCUUCCUGCUGCUUUGGUUCUUGCAAGUUAUCAUGAUUUAAGAAAAUUAAUCUCUCUCUUCUUCAGGUAAAUGGAAGAUUUGGACACCAACUCAUUUCAAUCGCGUAAAUCUUGUAGAAUAGAACAAAUGGUAGCAAGAUGGAUCCGCCGAUCCCGGGAUAGUGCAUCGAGGGGGAGAACAUCUGUGGUGGACAUCCCAUCUGAUGGCAUUAACCAACCACUGACCCGGGUAAAGCUCACAGUCACAAUCCAUAAGGAUUUGCUUCUCGGUCACUAUGGCUUUGAGAUAUCACCAAACUUGCCUCUCACUAUCACAUCAGUUGCUGCAGGAAGCACAGCUGAUGGGAAGAUUCUGCCUGGCGAUCAGAUACUCAAGAUCAAUAGUGAAGCUGUGGAGGGCAUUUCAGUUGAGAAAACAGCUGAUAUUAUAAGGGAAUCCGGAGAUGAGCUGCUGCUGACCAUUCUGCGAUGCACCUCGGGUGGGCCCAAAUCAUCGUUCCUGACAGAAGAGAAGCGGGCAAGGCUCAAAACAAAUCCCGUCAAAGUGCGUUUUGCUGAGGAGGUGCUGGUGAACGGACAUUCGCAGGGGAAUUCUCUUCUGUGCAUGCCUAAUGUACUCAAGGUGUACCUGGAAAAUGGACAGACCAAGGCUUUCAAAUUUGAGAGCACCACUACUGUGAAGGACAUAAUUCUCACCUUAAAAGAGAAGCUCUCCAUCCAGAGCAUCGAACACUUUGCUCUGGCCUUGGAAGAACAGUACAACAUUGCUAAGCUCUAUCUUUUACAUGAAGAUGAGCUCAUCGAACAGGUGGUCCAAAGGAAGGAAUCCCAUGACUACCGGUGCCUCCUCCGUGUGUGCUUUAUCCCAAAGGACCCACUAGACCUCCUGCAGGAGGAUCCGGUUGCCUUCGAGUACCUCUAUCUGCAGAGCUGCAGCGAUGUGCUUCAGGAGAGGUUUGCUGUUGAGAUGAAGUGCAGUGUAGCCCUGCGCCUGGCAGCCCUGCACAUACAAGAGCGGAUUUAUGCUUGUGCUCAGCCCCAGAAAGUGUCCUUGAAAUACAUAGCGAAGGACUGGGGAAUAGAAAACUUCAUAUCUCCAACUCUACUCCGCAACAUGAGAGGCAAAGACAUCAAGAAAGCAAUUAGCUUUCACAUGAAGAGGAACCAAAUCUUGCUGGAUCCAAGACAAAAGCACGUCCUCUCAGCUGUACAGGUGCGUCUGUGCUACCUGCAAAUACUUGGAGACCUGAAAAUGUAUGGCGGGAAAAUCUUUAACGCCACGUUAAUGCUACAGGACAGAGAAUCAUAUGUUGCCUUGCUGGUGGGAGCCAAGUAUGGAAUCAGCCAGAUUAUUAAUAAUAAGCUCAACAUCAUAACAACCCUGGCAGAGUUUGCUAACAUCAGCAGGCUAGAGCUUACUGAAGAAUCGGAGAAAGUGAGCAUGGUAAAAAUCUACCUGCAGGAUGUGAAGCUGCUGACUCUGUUGCUCGAGUCUAACAGUGCAAAAGAUCUUGCCUGUCUCAUUGCUGGCUACUACAGGCUGUUUGUGGAUUCGGGUGUCUCCAUAUUCAGGUGGGGAGAGGAUAAGCAACACCGCAUCUCUGCUGAAGAAGGGUAUGUGUCUAGGGCCUGCAGUGACUCUGAAGACUCCUGGGAAUUGGAUUCCUCUGCAGAGCAUUGCCCAGACACUCACCUGCUGAAAUUCAGCAUCACUGACCCCCCAGGGGAAGAGGAGGAGGAACAGGGAAAGUUCUGUGAGCUGGAAGAGGACAGCACAAAGCCCAGGCCCGAAGGGAAAGGCCUGUGCAAUGGGAGUGACAACCUAACGGACAGUGCAUCAGAGGCUUCAGACUCGGCCAAUACCGAGAGCAGAGGAUGCAAGACAAGUGGCUCAAGUGACUCCAUGGAUGCGCUGGAAGAGGAUGAUUUGGAUGCCUGCUCUGCCAGUAGACCAGAGUUCUUCCACUUCUACACACCCACUGUGCAGGAACUCAGCAACCAAGACAAGAACUUCACCCUCACUGGUGAGGAGGGAACUAGCCAGGCAGAGGCAGAGGACUUCCUUUGCUUCCUGCAGAUACCCCAGGCCCCCAACCCUGCAUCUAAGCAGCAAGGGGAGAACAAAACAAGAGCUUCUGCCCUGGAGUGCAAACUGUUGGAGAGCAGCGUCAUGGAGUAUUACAGCCUCUGUACCAACAUCUCCCCCACUGGCAAUGGAGAGAGGAACUUCCUGAACCACAAUCCUGGAGGUGGCUCUGUGAAAGAUCUGCUGGCUGAGGCAGGUGGAAAAGAGGGACCCUGCAGAGCAGAGCACACAGCAGAGGUGAACGAUCUCAUCCUGGACCCUCCUCCAGGCUUUGGGGACACCAGUUCAGAGGACGAGUUCUAUGACGCUGCGGACAGGUUCACCCCAACAGAAGCUGUAGCAGGCUUCAGUACUCUACCCUAUGAGAGUCCAGAUGACUCCUGCUUCCUGAAGAAGUCGAAAUGUUGCCAUCUGGGGGAGAGCUGGAUGUCAAGACAGACAACCAGGGAAAAAUACAGAAAAGAGAAGGAGCUGACAUAUUCCAAGAGCCUGAGGAAGAGAAGAUCUUUCCUACAGACUGACUACACAUCACAGGUCUCCUUCCCCUUGGCUCCAUCUGGCUCCCUGAAUAGCACUGACUGUGCAGGCUACCGUGAAAGGACAUCCAACCUGUCACUCCUCUCUAGGUCUCCCACAGUGUCUUCUUUGAAUGAUGCCAAGGAGGAAGCUGCUGUCUUGGAAACCAAGACCUUUGUCCAGCUGAAACCUCAGAGGGAAGCCAAAAGAAAAAACCAUUCGUCUGACCUAAUGGAAAUGGAGCCUGAGACCAUGGAAACCAAAUCCAUAACCGACUCAGUUGUUUCUUCCAUUUCAGCCAUCCGUCUCCGGAGUGACCAGGGAGGGAAGGAAAGUUUGGAGUCCACCUCUCUGUCCGACUCUACAGCAAACAGCCUCAGCCCUCUUCACUCUGCACAGGUGCCUGAUGAAAGGAGUUCAGGAAGUCCUUCCCUUCAGUUGGCAGACAAAAGAGACCUUCCUGAAGAACAAGCCAGAGGUACCCUGGCCAACCCUGAUGGCUACUAUAAUCCAUUUUUAAAAACAGAGGAUGAUGAUGUAACAUGUGCAGCACAGCAUGACCAGCCAAUAUCAGAGUGCACAUUGGAGCCACUGAAAGCCCAGAGCGAAGGCAAUACUGGCUCUGAACAUCAUGGCCAAGGAGUGAUCAGCUCUUGCACUGAACGUGCAGUACCUGCAGUAGCAUGCUACAGAGACGAACUAUCCUCAGGUGCUGCCCCAUCAGAACCAGAUCUUCCUUCCACCAUUGAGCAGGAAGAAAUGGGCAAAGAGCUUGUAUCAUCUGCCUUGGACCAAAUGACAACUGAUUUUGCCCAUAAGGCAGCAAGCCAGCCUGCUGAAGUUUUACUUCAGGAGGAAGCCAGCAAGAUGGUAAAUGAAGAAUCCUCAAGGAAAGCUGAAGAUAAAAAUCACUCAGGUUUCUCAAGUGCCACUGAGCUGCUUUCAAACUUUGAUGGGGCCUCUGGGAUAAUAACUCGCUUCUCCUUGCUUUCAUUGGGAACAAGGACAGACGAAACAACACCUUGUCAAGAAGCAAGCAGCCAAUCAGGUGGGAUGAUGGACAGUCACCCCACAGCUCUGGGCCAAGACCUUCAAAGUAGCAAUCAAGGUUCUGCUAACGGUGUGUGUGCAGGCAUUGGCAUCCCAAGCAAGGAAACACCUCUCUCCUCAAGCUGGGCAGCUUCCCAGAAAGAGUGCCCUCCAUCAGAGAUGGCUGGUGACCUGUGGGUGGAGGGGAGAGAACCCAGUAACAGGGUACCGCAUGUGGAUUGUAGCGAUGAGCAACCCCAGGCCAGUCUGACACUUCUCACAGAGGAGGCUACAGAGCAAAGACAAGACUGCACCUCAGACUUAAACCCUGCAGUUACUUCUCCCUCAACCAUAGACAACUGUGAGGCUUCAGAGGAUCCAGAAGAAAACAUUGGUUCAAAUCCGUCAUUCCUGUGUUUUAACCAUGAGAGAGAUAGACAAGCAUCUCCAAGUGGCAGCACAGAUACUCCUUUGGAUUUUGCCAGCACUAAGGACACCCACUUGCCAAAAACCAAGGUGGACAAAUGCAGCUGUCGGCUCUCUUAUGUCAGCUGUUUCAGUGGGCUCCAAAGCGAAGUAGAUAAUGAGAGCAUUGGUUCUGCACAUACCAUUUCCUCAGGGCCUUUAACCAGACCACCCUCUGCAGGAAGCCUGUCGUCUGUGGGCCAGAACUCUUUCAGGACCACAGAAGAUGGUCACGAUGCUGACAUUAAACCCAAGGAAAGUGAAGAUGGGGAGGGUCUGCAUUCUCACACUGAAGCUCUGGCUCAGUUGAGAGAGAGCACACAAACAUCACCAGCAAAGUUCUCACACUUACUGGACAACACCACAAAGCUCCAAGAGUUGGUUGGGAAGUUCUCAGGAAACAGGAUGAGACAUCCUCAAGAGAAAUGUGCAGAACAGUUUUCUGAAAACAAGAAUGCCCUUAGUUUAGCAUCUCAAAAGCUGAUGUCCCAUUGCCAGGAAGUCUUAAAAAUGCACCUGCCUUCUGAAGAGCUGCAAGGAGCAUUGCAGGAGACUUUCCAAGACCUCCUCCAACUGACAGCUACGUGUUUCCAGUUCACAAACUGUGGGCUAUGCAAAAAAAGGCACAGAGAGCUGACAGUCAAUCUGAAGGAUGUGGUCUGCAGCUAUCAGGAGUUUGUUCAUGCUGCACAACAGCUGGGUGAAAAAAACUGCCAUGAUUUAAGUGCGAAGCUGCUGGCACACCAGUGCACAGCCCUCACGGCAGCUGUGUUCUGCCUCAUGCAGCACUUUAGGGCACUGCUAUUAGUGUGAAGAUGGCAGCUCCAUUAUACUGACUCUGUUACGCUCGCAUAUGUUUCACCUAACAAAUGUUUACUCUUUAACCUAUUACCACAAUAAAAAUCUUAAGCCUAAAAGCCAGAUGAGUCAAGUCAUUCAGAGGUUUGGUCUCACAUUUUAAUGAAUGAGCCCAUACAAGACUCAAAUGCAUUUACUGGCUUGUCAGUCUGUACAGCCCAGUCCAUUAGGAGCUGCACAGACAACCCACCCACUCAGUUCUUUUUAAUUCUGUAUUUAAAAAAUAAUGAUCUUGAUUACAGAAGCUAUUGAGUGGCUUACUAGCUUGGCCUCAGGUCUCUUGCCUAGGAUCUGGUUCCCUUAUAUCUUGAAGUCUUUUCCUGCCUGAUCUAAAUCACUUUAUAUUUGAGUUCUUGUAAAAAGACAUGAAACCUAGCAGAAUUUUCAGCAUACUGAGCAGAUCUGGAGUUCCCAGUCCUUAAUGAGGGGAGAGGGAGAUGCAGGAGUAGCAGUGGAAACAAAUUUCCACAUGGUUUCUCUAAGGGCUUCCAGUGCUAGGAAGGUUCUCCUGAGGAUGAGGGUGCAAAAGCUUUGGUCCUUGCCAUCCUAACAGGCCCUCUGGAUGGCAUUGCAGUGCCAGCUAACUCAUUCCAGGGGAAUCUUGUCCCCAGGCCUUCACUAUUGCUCUAUGAAAGAAGUCAGUAAUGAAACUUCACCUACCCAUGUAAGUGAGGUAUUGAAAAUGGCCAGUAAAAAUAAAAAAGGAGUCUUAAAGGGGGCUGUACUGCUGCUUUUACCCCAACUGAUACGAAGAAAGGACUCGGUGUGACUGUUAGUGCAAAACAGAUGCAAAACUAUUCCUCAGUCUGUUCCAAUAGCUCCAAUUCCCUAACAGGGUACUGUAGAUGCAACAGACUUGCCCUGAAGGGUGCCUUUCAUCUCCAUCUCAUCAGUUGACAAAUGCACCCUUGCAGCAUCCCCAUGAGAUAAGGGAUCACUUUCUCAGUCUACAGUGAAGAAGACCAGGGAACAGGAAAGGCUGACAUAUGCAGAAGUACCUUUAUGGGCCUUGGUUUUUACAGGUCUUUGGCACCUGCAGUUGUCAUCAUUGUCAGCACCUAUGAAAAUGCCCCAAUAAAGCCCACCAAUUUGGAUAUCUAUAUCUGACAAAACAAGGU